UCUUCACCUCAAUCCCCAUCUCACAAAACCUCUACCUUUCUUGCUUCCUAAAGGUUUUGUUUGAUAUUUUGGACUUUGUUUCUAGCCAUGGCCAAGUUGGGGUGUUUGCUUAUACUUGGUUUGCUUGUGUUUUCAAGCUUGAGUGUGGUGAGCCAAGGGCGUGUGGCAAGAAAGGACCUUGGGGUGGACUUGGGAGGAGUUGGGGUUGGUCUUGGUAUUGGGCUAGGCCUUGGGUUGGGUGGGGGCGGUUCAGGCUCAGGCGCAGGAGCCGGUUCUGGGUCUGGGUCCGGAUCUAGGUCUAGCUCGAGUUCCAGUUCCUCUUCUUCAUCUAGCUCAACUUCUUCUGGGUCAGGCGGCGGCGGAGCAGGGUCCGAAGCUGGAUCCUAUGCUGGGUCUCGAGCUGGGUCAGGCGCUGGAGGUUAUAACAAUGGACAUUAAUUUUUACAAUGAUGCAAAGAAUUGUUAAAUAAUUAAUUGAGUGUCACCAUUAUAAAUACGAAUAAGAAGAUGGUGAAUUAGCGUUUGGUUCUUGAAUUUCUUUUGUGUUUUUAUUUGGAGUCUUAAUUGGAUUUGUCAAAUGAAGAUGUUUUCCAAAAUCUUCAAUAUGUUUUUACUCCUUGAUCUACGAGUGUCUGUCGAUCGUGUGUUCAUUAUAGAUGUGUUUUCUUAUCAUGAUAUAUCCAAUAAGGUUUAAAUUAUAUA